AUGACCAUUAACAGUGCGUCUGUGGAGCAUGUGAGCAGCACUAAGUUCCUGGGUGUACAAAUUUCUGAGGAUCUCUCCUGGACAAAAAAUCACAGCUACUUCCUCCACAAACUUAAAAGAGCAAGAGCACCAGCCUCAAUCAUGCAGACCUUCUACAGAGGCACAAUUGAGAGCAUCCUGACCAGCUGCAUCACUGUGUGGUUUGGAGCCUGCAAUGCAUCCUGCAGGAAAACUCUUCAGCGCAUAGUGAGAACAGCUGAGAAGAUCAUUGGUGUCCCUCUACCCUUCCUCCAGGACAUUUACAGCACCCGUCUCACCCGAAAAGCCCUCUGCAUAACAGCAGACCUCACUUACCCAAUGCAUAGCUUCUUCAGUCUGCUGCCAUCAGGGUGGAGAAUGCGAAGUCUCCAGGCCAGGACCAACAGACUGCAAGACAGCUUCAUCCAUCAGGCUAGUUUGGCAAACAAAAACAAACUUAAGAUUCACAUGAGGAUCCACACUGGAGGGAAACCAUUCACAUGCACUCAGUGUGGGAAGAGUUUCAGCCUAUUAUCAUCCCUUAAUCUACACAUGAGGAUCCACACUGGAGAGAAACCAUUUACUUGCACUCAGUGUGGGAAGAGUUUCAGCCUAUCAUCAAACCUUAAUAAACACAUGAGGAUCCACACUGGAGAGAAACCAUUCAUAUGCCCUCAGUGUGGGAAGAGUUUUAACUUUUCAUCAAAUUUUCAUCGACACAUGAGGAUCCACACUGGAGAGAAACCAUUCACAUGCACUCAGUGUGGUAAGAGUUUCAGCCUAUCAUCAAACCUUAAUAAACACAUGAGGAUCCACACUGGAGAGAAACCAUUUAUAUGCCCUCAGUGUGGGAAGAGUUUCAGCCAAUCAUCAUACCUUAAUCUACACAUGAUAAUCCACACUGGAGAGAAACCAUUCACAUGCACUCAGUGUGGGAAGAGUUUCAGCCUAUCAUCAAACCUUAAUAAACACAUGAAGAUCCACACUGGAGAGAAACCAUUCAUAUGCCCUCAGUGUGGGAAGAGUUUCAGCCAAUCAUCAUACCUUAAUCUACACAUGAUAAUGCACACUGGAGAGAAACCAUACACAUGCACUCAGUGUGGUAAGAGUUUCAACCGCUCGUCAAACCUUAAUAAACACAUGAGGAUCCACACUGGAGAGAAACCAUUCAUAUGCCCUCAGUGUGGGAAGAGUUUCAGCAAAUCAUCAUACCUUAAUCUACACAUGAGGAUCCACACUAUAGAGAAAUCAAACAACAGAAUUUUGCAUGCUUAA